GACGAGACUGUUGACGUCUGAGGGCCUUCAACUUUGACAUAUUACCCAGAGUUCCUUUCACCCACGCAUGCGUGGUAACUAGUGUGAGAAGGCUUAUUUCUUCCAUAAGUAGGUCAGCCAUCGACAGCUUUGUCUAAUGCUAAGUAGUCAGUUUGCUGAUUAAGAUCUUAUUUGCAUAACUGGGUGGACUCCGAACCCGUACGCAAUGAUAGGUGCACAUCGGAUGAUCAGGUUACGUGGGAGAACCGUAGUAAAGAAUCAGGUCGUGGGAAUUCCAUAGAGACAGCCAAUACUUCGGGAUGUUGCCCAAUUGUUUCAGAAAAAUGAGCAGCCAGGCUCGACUGCUGGUGACUCCAGCCACAGCCCUGGUUGAUGACAAGGUGGACAUCACCGUGGAGAGACUGGCUCCCAGACAACCAGUCACCUUACAUGCACGACUGUCGGAGGGGACCGCCCGCUUCCAGUCAUACGCACAUUACAGGGCUGACGACACAGGAAGGGUUGUCGUGGCCAAACAGCCUUCACUGGGAGGGUUGUAUACUGGUGUUGACCAGAUGGGUCUGUUCUGGAGCAUGCAGCCCUCACCUGGUCAGAAACCCGGACUCCGUCUGCAGAAGAAAGAUGUCUCCACACCGUUCCUGGUAGAUGUGCGGGUUCAUGAAGGGCACGUGGAUGUGAUGGGAGAAGAGAACCUGCCCUGGCUCGCGACUACAACUGUGGAGAGAUGGUGCAUGGGGGGCGGAGUGAAGAGGGUACCGGUGAGAGAAGGGCGUGUCCGAGGAACGCUGUUUCUACCUCCGGGCGACGGUCCGUUCGCCGGAGUUAUAGACAUCUAUGGUUCCGCUGGAGGCUUGCCCGAGUACCGCGCGGCGUUGCUGGCAUCACGAGGUUUUGCUGCGCUGGCUCUGGCUCACUUUGCUUUUGACGACCUCCCAAAAACCAUUGGUGUCACUAAUCUGGAUUAUUUUGAGGAAGCGGCGGACUGGUUGCUGAGCCUCCCAAACGUCCGGAGCCAUGGCGUGGGUGUUUUAGGCACUUCAUACGGAGGAGAGCUAGCCUUAUGCAUGGCGUCAUACAUGAGCAAGGUCUCUGCUGUUACAGUGACGUCAUCUCUCAUUGCGGUGACCAUUGCUCCACUACAUUACAAGGACGGAGUCUUGCCUUGUGUACAUUAUGACCUGAAUCGGGCUGUAUUCAGCAACGAGGGGUAUAUUGACACAAGGAAUGUCAUAGAGGACUGCACACAAGAACCUGGUCUGAAAGCAUGCAUUCAGGUGGAGAAAGCACAGUGCCCCAUCAUGUUUGUGGCAGGGGAGGAUGAUCUCAUGACAAAAUCAGUUCUCUAUGCGAAUCAGGCCAUUGGUAGAAUGAAGGCUCACGGGAAGACGAACUACACCCUGCUGCAGUACCCAAGGACAGGUCACCUGAUCGAGCCGCCGUACACGCCCCACUGCGGUCUGACAUACCAUGGCGUCUCCCAGAUGUGCAUUCUCGCGGGUGGGGAGCCUAAAAGCCAUGCCGCGGCCCAGGAGGACUCUUGGCACAAGAUCCUGGAUUUCUUCAAGACGCAUGUAGACACGAGUGCACAAAGCAAGCUUUAAUGGCCUACGAUGAUUUAGAAUUAUCAUUAACUGGUACUCAGGCUAAUAUCUGGUAAGGGUCAGUUGUUCCUUCUUAAACAUAUUGAUUUUGACAAUAGAUGUCGUUCAAGAAAGUCGGCUGAAAAACGGUAUAUGUAAUACGUACGAGUAGUACGAUGUAGCUCGAUAAAUUUGUAGCUACAUUACUGUAAUGAGGCAGGGUAUCAACAGAUUACAAUUAAAAGAUUGAAUUGAGGAUACUAUUAAGUUUCUGUCUAACACCUUGCAAGUCCCCCUCGAUGUUACUCUUGAUCUGCUUUGAUCGCUGGGAGUUCUCCGGUCCUGUGCAGGAACAGUGUGCUGUUAAAUCCGAUUCCAUAGCUUCUCAGUGUUAGGUCAUCACGGAGCGCCUUUCCACCGAACACCAAUGACGUUUCCACAUCUGUGAAUGGGCAAGGACGUUAUAUAAGGCACUUGGAAGAGGCAAUUGUAAUUUUAACAUUGUAUGCCACGUUACAUUUGUAUAUCAUAAAAUUUAAACGUUGUGCCAAUGGCAACCUUUCAUGCCAGAAUCGCACCAUUUGAAACCAGCUUGAUUUUUUUGGUCAAUGAAAUUAUUCUAAUCACAUGUAAAGAAAUUGAUAUUUUGGGUACCGCACACGCGCUGUUUUAAAAUGCUACUUGCCGGCUAUAUAAUGGCAAGUUACCUGUGUUCAUCCUACGGCAGUAUUUUUCUUUCAACGAAGCCACGGACUCGUCAAGGCGGACAUCAUCGAUCGUGACCGUUCUUGGACUUUCCGAUUCCCGCCUGAUAAAAACCUGGAAUCGGUAUCGAUGCAUGGAAAUUUUAUUAGUUAGAGAGCUCAUGUCUGCCCAUGCACGUGAGAGCUUAAUAUUCAGCCGUAAACAUAUAUUGAGUACCUUGUUGAUUUGGUGCAUUAGAAGUAAAAAAGCUCGUUUUGCCACAAGGUGUAGAAUAAGGCAGUAAAAUGUAUUUGUCAAUGCCAAUCAAUGAUCAUCUAGAACAUUACUUCAAGCUGUCAUCACAUAUUUGUAUGGGGUACAAUACGUUAUUUUGCUUAGUAAUCAUCAUCAUGUGAUUACACCAUGUACACAUAUCAUUGCAAUACAGAUUA